AUGAAGUCCUGCAAGCCCAGCGGCCCGCCGGCGGGAGCGCGCGCGGCAUGCCCGUGCGCGGCCGGCGAGUGCGCGGGCUCGUGCGCCGGGGCCGGGCGGCUGGAGAGCGCGGCGCGCAGGCGCCUGGCGGCCAACGCGCGCGAGCGCCGCCGCAUGCAGGGGCUCAACACGGCCUUCGACCGCCUGCGCCGGGUGGUGCCGCAGUGGGGCCAGGACAAAAAGCUGUCCAAGUACGAGACCCUGCAGAUGGCGCUGAGCUACAUCAUGGCUCUGACCCGCAUCCUGGCCGAGGCCGAGCGGUUCGGCUCGGAGCGGGACUGGGUGGGUCUCCACUGCGAGCACUUCGGCCGCGACCACUACCUCCCGCUCGCGGGCGCGAGGCUGCCGGGCGAGGGCGAGCCCUACGGCCAGAGGCUCUUCGGCUUCCAGCCGGAGCCCUUCCAGAUGGCCACUUAGGGCGCGAGAGGUGCCCGGUGCUGAGGGGUGCCGCCCUGCCCCUCGUAGCCCAGGGGCUGUCGGGGUCCCACAGAGCCAAGGAUGCUUUCCUCCAGUGUAAUUAGUA